GUAUCACAUAGCAGUUAGACGCCAAUGUUUUGGAGAACACAAUCACAUGUAGCAUUCAUCUGGUCUUCAUUCGAACUGAACGGUCCUUGCCAGCAAAAGAAAAUUCCUUCAAGUGAACCGCGGUGUUUCAAGAAACUUGAAAAGGGACGAUGUUUUGUUAAGAUGCAGCCGUGUUGUUCAGAACAGUUAAGGAAAACAGCGAGAGAAGACAGAUGUCGGCGCGCACGGCUUCAGCCCCGUCUACUACCCAGGACAGCAGUCUGGAGCAGGUGACCAUGGCCAGCGCCGCGGCUCCUGUAAAAAAGAGAAAGAAGAGCGAAAACAUGAUGUGGGAAGGGCCGAGGUCUGGCCGGGAAUGGUGGCGUUCCUGGUUGAAGGAAACACCAGUACCUGGGACAUACGAAACUCGGGACUUUCUGGAGGACCAGGAGCUGAACCCUGUGCCCAUCACCUACAACUUCAAGAACGAGGGGCGGAAAAAAGACGCUGACGUGUUGAGACGGGGAGACGUCCUUCUCCCCGGGGCCUACAAUCUUAAAGACUUUCUGUACCCCAUGCAGAAAUCCCUGUACACUUAUUCCUUCAAGAACUCCAACAGAGACAACAACAGGGUGCUCAUAGGGGUCAGGGAUAAGGACCACAGAGUCGCUCCUUGGGAGUACGAGACGAGAUUCCCUCCUGUCCAGAAGUCUGGGUCAAAACACUCGAUGUUCCGGUCCAGUAGUCAGAGGGUUCCCAAGUAUUUCGUCCCGAAAGACGGUCCGGGUCCAGGCGAGUACGAGUACCAGGCGCCCGCCACUGCCAGGACGGUCACCUCCAGUUUCCGCUCCAGAACACCGCGAUUCCCUACCUCACAUACCAAGGUACCUGGCCCUGGAUCGUACGAGUCGACCUACCAGUACCCGAAACAGCCCCGAACUGUGGCGAAGAUGGGACGUCACCACGGGCUCUUCUUCACUAAUAGUUUUGACGUCGUAGUCUAAAUACAUUUUGUACUAGUAAUCCGGCAGCUAAGGGAUGGUUACCAAACGGUAAUACUUAUAUUACCGGAAAUGUAUGCCCAAGAAUUCUAAAGUUGUGCCGGAAUAACUCUCUCGUAUGCGUGAAUUUAUACACCUGUACGAGAUGAACGUCCUUGCUGAUAGCCUUAAGACCUACAGAUACUGUAAGGAAACAUCGACUAAUAUCAUUUUACCAUAACCUAAAUACGCUCAAUGUCAAUUUAGUGUAAGGAACAAAGGAAAGGGUCAAACAUAUAAGUUAAGUAUCACUUUUAAGACUUGUAGUAAGAGAAAUACAUGCAAUUACUUAAGGGGGACUUCAGCCUGCCGCCAACAUUCAUAGAUUUGUCGGUAGUUCCAGAAGUUAGAAACUCUUCGAAACCGUGUUGAUUGCUGACUUUUAGGUCCAUAUUUUGAGGUCUUCUUAAAGAAGGCCAUUCCAUUUAAGAUGUCAGGGAAGGUGCUGACAAGACGUUCUGGGAAUGUAAGGAGCAUGAUGUUGGAAGAAUAUAACUCCUUUCUACCCCUUCCACAUAUCUUACCAUGAACUGAUUUUAAGCCAUUUCCAAACCUGCAUUUUGGCUGCUAAACUACACGUUUUUUGUACAUUAUCAUUUUAUUUGUGAAAGAAAAUGGAUUUAAUUUUCUUUGCCGUGAAUGCUGCUAGUUGUUUUGUUGCUGUGUGUUAUAUAGGAACCAUAUGCACACACAAGUCUCUACAAUGAUAGUAUUAUUGUGAACCUUAUUUUAUGAUAAGUUCAUGUUUUUUCUACACCAUAGAUAUUUCUCUACAUAGAUUUGUAAUAAAAUUAUCAAUAGAGUGAA